AUGAACUCUUCCUGUUGCCUGUUCUCUGCUUAUCCGAUGCUGCAUAACCUCUCAGAGCCCCCUGCAGCCCCUUCUGCCAGCAACCGGAGUGGCAGCGGGUUCUGCGAGCAGGUCUUCAUCAAGCCGGAGGUCUUCCUGGGGCUGGGCAUCGUCAGCCUGAUGGAGAACAUCCUGGUGAUCCUGGCUGUAGUGAGGAACGGCAACCUGCACUCCCCCAUGUACUUCUUUCUCUGCAGCCUGGCUGCAGCCGACAUGCUGGUGAGUGUGUCCAACUCCCUGGAGACCAUCAUGAUCGCCAUUAUCAACAGCGACUCCCUGACCUUGGAGGACCAGUUCAUCCAGCACAUGGACAACAUCUUCGACUCUAUGAUCUGCAUCUCCCUGGUGGCCUCCAUCUGCAACCUCCUGGCCAUCGCCGUGGACAGGUAUGUCACCAUCUUCUAUGCCCUUCGUUAUCACAGCAUCAUGACGGUGAGGAAGGCCCUCACCUUGAUUGUGGCCAUCUGGCUCUGCUGUGGCAUCUGCGGUGUGAUGUUCAUCAUCUACUCCGAGAGCAAGAUGGUCAUCGUGUGCCUCAUCACCAUGUUCUUCGCCAUGGUGCUCCUCAUGGGCACCCUGUACAUCCACAUGUUCCUCUUUGCCAGGCUCCACGUCCAGCGCAUUGCUGCGCUGCCGCCGGCUCAUGGGGUGGCCCCGCAGCAGCACUCGUGCAUGAAGGGGGCUGUCACCAUCACCAUCCUGCUGGGGGUGUUCAUCUUCUGCUGGGCACCUUUCUUCCUCCACCUGGUCCUCAUCAUCACCUGCCCCACCAACCCUUACUGCAUCUGCUACACGGCCCAUUUCAACACCUACCUGGUCCUCAUCAUGUGCAACUCUGUCAUCGACCCCCUCAUCUACGCCUUUCGCAGCCUGGAGCUGCGCAACACGUUCAAGGAGAUUCUCUGCGGCUGCAAUGGCAUGAACUUGGGCUAG